GAUAAUAUUUGCAUCCUGCAGGAGGUGGUGCACUCAAUGCGUGCGCGCAAGGGGAAGCGGGGGUGAAUGGUCUUGAAAAUAGACCUCUCUAGAGCUUAUGAUCGGAUUAGAUGGGGGUUUGUUCGUGAUACCCUCGAAGCAACAGGUGCCCCAGCAAAGUUUGUGGACAUUACAAUGGCGUGCAUAUCCUCGGCCUCUAUGCAAAUCCAGUGGAAUGGGGGCCUUACUGAAAGCUUCCAGCCGUCGCGCGGGUUACGCUAGGGAUGCCCGCUGUCUCCCUAUCUUUUCACUAUGUGCAUGGAGAGAUUAGGGCAUAUCAUUGACGACUCGGUCAGAUCUGGCAGGUGGCAACCUAUACGCCUCUCAAACACAGGUCCGGCGCUAUCCCACAGCUUCUUCGCCGAUGAUUUGAUUGACGACUCGGUCAGAUCUGGCAGGUGGCAACCUAUACGCCUCUCAAACACAGGUCCGGCGCUAUCCCACUGUUUCUUCGCCGAUGAUUUGAUCAUCUUCGGGGAAGCAUCAGUUUCCCAAGCCCAGAAGAUCAAUGCCUGCUUCGAGAGAUUUGGGGCAUCAUCGGGACAACAAAUUAGUAAACCCAAAUCAAGAAUCUACUUCUCAGCCAACGUGACGGAUACGCAAAGGCAAAGCCUCGGUCAGGAACUUGGGAUUCCGGAAACAACGAACCUGGGGCGCUACUUGGGGGUUCCCGUGAUUCAUGGUAGAGUGUCGAAAGCUACAUUUACGGAUCUGAUUGACAGGAUUGAUAGACGUUUAGCGGGGUGGAAGGCUGCGUCUCUCUCGCUUGCCGGGCGAAUCACGCUAGCGCAAUCCGUGAUCUCAUCGCUACCGGCUUACACUAUGCAGACAACCUUGCUUCCAGCAAGUGUGUGCGACUACAUUGAUAAAAAGAUCCGGGCGUUUAUCUGGGGAAGCACCGAACAGGGGAGAAAAGUGCAUCUUAUCGAUUGGGAAACUAUCUGUCGACCCAAAGAGGAGGGAGGCUUAGGGCUGCGAGAUUCUACAAGAACUAAUGAAGCUUACAUGCUGAAGAUCGCCUGGAGAAUGCUCACAAAGCCAAAUGACCUCUGGGCAAGGGUUCUUCGAGGGAAAUACGGGAAACAGACGGAAGAGGGAUGGACCUUUCGCAGUAAGGAAAGGCUGUCUAAUCUCUGGCGAGGAGUGAUGCGCGUCGCACACUUGAUCGAGGGGGCAACGGCGUGGAACGUUCGAAAUGGCAAAGUGGCACGAUUUUGGAGUGAUAGAUGGCUGGAUGAUGAAGUCAUCCUCAGUGACCAUGAGUCCGGCCUAGCGCCAGAAGUGUGCAACAUGCCAGUGAUUGACUUUGUACUCAACGGUGAGGGAAACCUGGAAUAUUUGCGGCAAUACUUACCCCCAACUCUUGUUUUGCAGGUAGGAUCGCAUCCUGUCCCGACGGAGGAAGCCGAUGACGUUCGGGUUUGGAGAUUCUCAGAACGGGGGGAGUUCACCCUCCGAACGGCGUACGAGCUGACUGAACGGGAGGCGAGCACGACCAAUGUCCAGUCUGUGUGGCGAACCAUCUGGAAGGCACCAACCAUGCAGAGGGUGCGCUCCUUUCUUUGGCUGAUGAACCACGACCGCCUCUUCACCAACGCAGAGCGAGGGCGCCGCCACCUGACGACAAAGAAAGGAUGCAAAAUCUGUGGAGUUGACCUGGAGACUACAAUCCAUGUUGUACGUGACUGCCCCUUCGAACGAGCUACCUUGGCAGAAAUGCUUGGAGGCGAACCGGACAGCCUCUUCUUCGAACCCGAUGUCAAGCGCUGGUCGCACUACUAUCUUUCAGGGAAGAGUCAGAUUAUUGAUAGUACUCUCUUUGCAGGUGUCUGCUGGUUACUGUGGAAGAAUCAGAAUGGCCUUAUCUUCCGGAGCGAGCUGAAAACUCAUACACAGAUCCAGUUCCAAGCAAAACAGCUCAGAGAACAGAUUCUUAAAGCAUUCGAGAAGGAGAGGAACAUUUUCGGAGAUGGGGGACUCCGAGUAAGGUGUGAAAUUGGCUGGCAACCACCGGCACCUGGCUGGGUCUGUGUCAAUACAGAUGGCUCAGUUAACUCCUUUCCAGAAAGCACAGCCUGUGGCGGCAUCGUUCGGGGAGACGAUGGUCGUUUCAUCAGAGCAUUCACAGCGAAUCUUGGAGGGGGUUCCAUAACCCGUGCCGAGCUGACUAGAAUUGUGUAUGGGUUGAAGCUUGCUUGGGAGGAAGGCGCCAGGAAGGUUGUUCUGCAGACUGACUCAGCGACAGCCAAGUCCCUGAUAGAGACGGUAUCACCGAACCACCCACAUUAUACGAGGGUGGCUGAAAUUCAAAGAUGGCUUGACCGACCAUGGACUGUCAGGAUCGAUCAUGUCUACCGCGAAGCCAAUUAUGUCGCGGAUCAUUUAGCCUCUGUGGGCCACUCGGCUCCGACUGUGUACCAUAUUAUUAAUAGCCCGAGUAGUAAUCUGGCUUACUGGCUGUACUAUGACACUUUGGGAAUACAAACUCCCCGUUUGAUUCGUACGGAAUAAAGGUUAGGGCGCCCUUAGCGCCCUGUUCUCACAAAAAAAAAAUAUUUAUUGGUAUUGAGCAGGAUAAACUGUAAAAAUUACACAAAUUGGGGUGAAUGCAUUUUCAACAGUAUGAUGGUACCUGGGCCUGCUCAUAUCCAAAUGGAGGCCCAAGCCUUGUUCAUAUCGCAUGAUGGGUUUCAAGUUUCAACCCAAAAAUGGCAAAACCACUCCGGCAAUUGAGCGAACGAGUACGAGCCCCCAUUGGCCGCUGCUUAUACAAAGAGAAUUCCCCACCUUUGGUCGUCCUCUCACCUCUGCGAUAACAGUCGUUAAACGAAGUGGAAGAAUCUCUGGCCGAUCAACAUAGGGGAAGCGAGAGAAGCGCUAUACGCCGGGGAACCAUGAGCGGGGUUGCGAAGAAGGUGACAGAUGUGGCGUUCAAGGCGUCAAAGACUAUUGAUUGGGAAGGCAUGGCCAAGCUCCUUGUCACCGACGAGGCUCGCAAGGAAUUCGCCAAUCUCCGCCGCGCCUUCGACGAUGUUAACUCUCAGCUCCAGACCAAGUUCAGCCAGGUCACCUCUCCAUUUCCCUAUGUACAUAAUUUUUUUUAUGAAUUUCGGCCGUCCUCUUUUCCAGUUUCCGAUUGCGCCUUUUGAUAGGGUUUUUCUGCAAUCUGGGCCUAGAUCUAAAUGUCUGCGCUUCCGGCAUAUAUGGAAUGAUCCUUGGAUUGCUUUAGCCGUAGGUAACGGUUUAAGAUUCGUAUGAUAACAUCGUCAAGGCGUUUGGGACUUGGAAGCCAUUCAACUUUGUUCCGUUUUGUAAAAUUUAGGCAGAUGGAUAACUAGAGUCUGGCUGUAACAGUGUUUUCUUUUCAUUGACAUAAUCUGACGAUCGGGAACGUAUCACAGUAGAUGAGCUUAGUUUUACUAUCGGUAUCUGUUGGGAUUGAUCUAUCUCAGGAAUUCCUGCUAUGUUGUAGUACAAGGUUAAUGCUUCUAUGGGGUUUAUACAUUUAAAGUACUGAGCAAAUGUAACUUAAUGUGUAGAAUAUUAUUUUCUAAUUGAAAACGAAGAGAUAAUAGGAUUAAUAAGUGAUAGGUAUAUACUGAUUGUUGAGUGAAUGUGCUAUUGGUUCUCUGGCAUGUAUGGGGUUCAUGUUUGUAUGUUGGAUCAAUUGACUUAGGUUACUGAAUCUUGUUGCUCAUGUUGUUGUAAACUGUAUCCAUCCACCUGUGCCUUCACGGUCUAAAGUUGAUUCCUCUUUAAUUUCUGUAAAAUUUUGGAUCUUUGUUUCGUUAUCGGUUAUUUAUUGCUAGGACGUGUCAGUAUAAUGUAUGUAAAACUGGAGGUAGCUUAAUAGUGUAAUUUUUUUAUUUUCUUCAAGAAGCAAUUUGAGCACAAACUUAUGCGAGUUAUUUUCCCUUUGAAUUUUCAGGAACCCGAGCCAGUAGACUGGGAAUAUUACAGAAAGGGGAUUGGUUCUCGCUUGGUUGACAUGUACAAGGAAGCAUAUGACAGUAUGUCUCCUAUAACUUCUUAAGAGUUAUGAACUGUAUUUGUUUGAGCUAUUUCUUGAAAGUGCACUUGUAUUCUUCCCAUGUGGUUGUUCAUAAUUCUGCUGGAGUCAACAAUUAUUCAGCUGGCGCUUUUCUGAAUCUCUAUCAAUGGGGUCAUUAGUCUUCUCCAGCUGUGGGAUAUUAAGAAUGGAUCUUCGUUCCUCUUGAUGUAUUUAUUAUCUGACCAUCGUCAUAAGAUAACAUAAAAUGUGUAAAAAAAGGCUCGUUUUCGGAGAACCAAAUAUUUGGUCCAAAUUUCCAAUGAAUUAUGUAGAAGGGG